CUGAGAACAGAGAGUGUUUGUCCUUCAAAUUAAGCCUGUAUGCCAAUGGAAAAAUGUAGUUAUCAAGGGAUUUAAAAACCCUCAAAACUUUUUCUCUUAUAUUUAGUGAAGAGAGUAGAAUAUCUCCUGUUUUGGCUGGCAUAUCUACAACCUGGACAAUUGGUUUAACCUUCAUUUGGGAUUCCUAGUCACUUGUUUUAGCAUGGCGGAGCUUGGAGUCCACAGAAUCCUUCUUUUGGUUAUUUCCCUGACAAAGUGUCUGGAGGGUACAAAACUGCUGGCAGACCUUAAAAAAUGUGGUGACUUGGAAUGUGAAUCUUUAAUGAGCAGAGUCUCAGCCACGAGAGAUUACAGAGGACCUGACUGCCGAUACCUGAACUUCACUAAAGGAGAAGAGAUAUCUGUUUAUGUUAAACUUGCAGGAGGAAGGGAAGAUUUGUGGGCAGGAAGUAAAGGGAAGGACUUUGGAUAUUUUCCCAGAGAUGCAGUCCAGAUUGAAGAGGUGUUCAUAUCUGAGGAAGUUCAAAUAUCAACUAAAGAAUCUGACUUUCUUUGUCUUCUUGGAGCAAGCUACACAUUUGAAAAUGAAGAUAGUGAGUUAAACAGUGAUAAUGGUGAAAAUAUAUACACAUAUGAAGAAGAUAAAGACCAAAAGUUUAGUAAAUAUGAAAAUGAUUUCCAGAUAGAAUCUGAAUUUUAUGCAACUUCUGAAAGUACUUUGUUUGAAGACCAAUUCCCAGCAUCAGAGGCUCCUGAAGAUAUCAGAAGUACCAGUGAAUCAGAAGACUGGGAAGAAGUAGAAGCUGAAAGAGUGGAACAAGAUCAUAUUCCAGAAGAGGAUCAUGUCCCACCAUUCUCACCUGUGCCUGAAGUAACAGAAUGGUUUGGAUUGGGAAGUGAUCAAGCUGAAAAGAAGGCUUUUGAAUCAGUCAUUGAACCUGUACAAGAAAGCUCAUUUCACAGCAGAAAAAUAGCAGUGGAAGAUGAGAAUGACUUACAGGAAUUAAAUAAUGGUGUGCACCAAACAGAACAAAAGAAAGAACCUGGAUCAGAACUUGAUUCUGUGCCAAAGAAGCAGUCUGAACUAGCCUCCGAGUCAGAGCACGUUCUUAAACCUCAAGCCACUGGUUGGUUUGGUGGUGGAUUUACAAGUUAUUUAGGGUUUGGAGAUGAGGAUACAGAGCUUGAAUUAUUGUCCAAAGAAAGCAAUCCACCACUACAAGAUGCCCCCAAUUCCAUAUCAUCUGAUGAAGAAGCCAUAGUUCCAUGUACAGAAAUAUUAACAGAAAAAGAAGAUAUGAUCACAAAUGACAGCUCAAUUCUCAAGCCAAGUUGGUUUGAUUUUGGUUUUGGUAUACUGGGCUUUGCCUAUGCCAAUGAAGAUAAAAUUAUAUUGGAUGAUGGAAAAAAUGAAGAAGAUGGUGGAGAAGAUAAACAUGAGUAUCCCACAGCAAGUGAAUUUGACCCUUAUAAGGAACAAGAAAUGCCAACGAUAAAAAUUAUGGAAACAGAAGAUCAAAUAGAUAAGAAAAGAGUCUUAGAGAAAACAGAUGAUUCUGAUACCUUGCCGUAUUUGAAAAAGUUCUUGUAUAACCCUUGGAGCUUACAAAACAUUCCAAAGGAAACAGAAUUGUCAUUUCCCAAACAGACAUUGGAUCAAAAUAAUGUAGUUGAAAAUGAUGAAACAGAAGAGUUUUCAACUGAAAAUUAUCCCAUAGAUAAUAUGAAAGUUAGGAUGUUGGAAAGCAGAUACAGUGAGUCAGAUAUGGUCUCUAAAAUAGAGUCACCUGUGAGAAUUCAUGAAGAAGUACAUUUCAAAACCCCAUCUUCUAAAAAUAAUUAUGAAAAAUCAAAACCAUCAGUGGAUGCUGAAGGUCCCACUCAGGUGGAAAUAGAUAGAUCUUUGGAAAAUACCCUGCUAAAUAGUCAGAUGGUUUCACCUGAUAACCUACUGUCUACUGGAAAUUACAUUCCUCAAAAAGAAGAUGCUUCCGAAUUUCAGAUUAUGAAAUAUUUAUUUCAAAUUGAUGUUUAUGAUGUCAUGAAUUCUGCAUUUUCACCAAUUGUAGUUCUUACAGAAAGGGUUGUGGCAGCAUUGCCUGAAGAUAUGAAACCAGGUCCUAAUCCUUUUGGUUUUCCAUGGGAAUUGGUGAUAUGUGCAGCUGUUGUUGGUUUUUUUGCUGUUCUUUUUGUUGUGUGGAGAAGUUUUCAAUCGGUUAGAAGCCGGCUUUAUGUGGGAAGAGAGAAAAAGCUUGCUAUAAAGCUUUCUGGAUUAAUUGAAGAAAAAUGUAAACUACUUGAAAAAUUUAGCCUUGUUCAAAAAGAGUAUGAAGGCUUAGAGUCAUCUUUAAAGGAUGCCAGCUUUGAGAAUGAGUCAACAGAAGCACAAAGUUUGGAGUUUGUUGAAGGAUCACAAAUAUCAGAGGCAGCCUUUGAAAAGCUGAACAGGUCCAAAUCUAAACUUGAAGAUGAAAUACGCUGUCUAGAAAAAGAAUUAAAAGAAGAGAAAUCUAAAUCUGCUGAACAAGAUGAAUUGAUGGCAGAUAUUUUAAAAACAAUACAGUCCCUUGAAGAUGAAUCGAAAUCCCUCAAAUCACAAGUAGCUGAAGCCAAAACAACUUUUAAGAUAUUUCAAAUGAAUGAAGAACGGCUUAAGAUAGCAAUAAAAGAUGCUUUGAAUGAAAAUUCUCAACUUCAGGAAAGCCAGAAACAGCUUUUACAAGAAGCUGAAGUAUGGAAAGAACAAGUAAGUGAACUUAAUAAACAGAAAGUAACAUUUGAAGACUCCAAAGUACAUGCAGAACAAGUUCUAAAUGAUAAAGAAAAUCACAUCAAGUCUCUGACUGAACGCUUGCUAAAGAUGAAAGAUUGGGCUGCUGUGCUUGGAGAAGACAAAAUGGAUGAUGAUAACUUGGAAUUAGAAAUGAAGAGUGAAUCAGAAAAUGGUGCUCACUUAGAUAAUCAGCCAAAAGGAACUUUGAAGAAACUGAUUCAUGCUGCUAAGUUAAAUGCUUCUUUAAAAACCUUAGAAGGAGAAAGAAACCAAAUUUACACUCAAUUAUCUGAAGUAGAUAAAACAAAGGAAGAACUUACAGAGCAUAUUAAAAAUCUACAGACUGAACAAGCAUCUUUCCAGUCAGAAAAUGCACAGUUUGAAAGUGAGAACCAGAAGCUUCAACAGAAACUUAAAGUAAUGACUGAACUAUAUCAAGAAAAUGAAAUGAAACUCCACAGGAAAUUGACAGUAGAGGAAAAUCACCGGUUAGAGAAAGAAGAGAAACUUUCCAAAGUAGAUGAAAAGAUCAGCCAUGCAGCUGAAGAGCUGGAGACCUAUAGAAAGCGAGCCAAAGAUCUUGAAGAAGAAUUGGAGAGAACCAUUCAUUCUUAUCAAGGGCAGAUUAUUUCUCAUGAGAAAAAAGCACAUGAUAAUUGGUUGGCAGCUCGGACUGCUGAAAGAAACCUCAAUGAUUUAAGGAAAGAAAAUGCUCACAAUAGACAAAAAUUAACUGAAACAGAGUUUAAAUUUGAACUUUUAGAAAAAGAUCCUUAUGCACUUGAUGUUCCAAAUACAGCAUUUGGCAGAGAACAUUCCCCAUAUGGUCCCUCACCAUUGGGUCGGCCUUCAUCUGAAACGAGAGCUUUUCUCUCUCCUCCAACUUUGUUGGAGGGUCCACUCAGACUCUCACCUUUGCUUCCAGGGGGAGGAGGAAGAGGCUCGAGAGGCCCAGGGAAUCCUCUGGACCAUCAGAUUACCAACGAGAGAGGAGAAUCCAACAGUGAUAGGUUAACUGAUCCUCUUAGGGCACCUUCUGACACUGGGUCACUGUCACCUCCAUGGGAACAGGACCGUAGGAUGAUGAUUCCUCCAUCAGGCCAAAUGUAUCCUGAUCCAGCUCUUCCUCCACAAAGACAAGACAGAUUUUAUUCUAAUUCUGGUAGACUAUCUGGACCAGCAGAACUCAGAAGUUUUAACAUGCCUUCUUUGGAUAAAGUGGAUGGGCCAGUAUCUUCAGAAAUGGGAUCCAGUAGAAAUGAUACCAAAGAUGAUCUUGGUAAUUUAAAUGCGCCUGAUUCAUCUCUCCCUGCUGAAAGUGAAGCAACUGGCCCUGGCUUUGUUCCUCCACCUCUUCCUCCAAUGAGAGCACCAUUGUUUCCAGUGGAUACAAGAGGCUUGUUCAUGAGAAGAGGACCUCCUUUUCCUCCACCUCCUUCAGGAAACAUGUAUGGAACUCCUCGAGGUUAUUUUCCACCAAGGGAUUUCCCUGGUAUACCACCUCCUCCAUUUGCAAUGAGAAAUGUCUAUUCACCAAGGGGUCUUCCUCCUUACCUUCCCCCAAGAGCUGGAUUUUUCUCCCCACCCCUACAUUCUGAAAGUAGAAGUGAGCUCCCUUCUGGGUUGAUUCCGCCUUCAAAUGAGUCUGCUACUGAACAUCCAGAACCACAACAAGAAACCUGACAAUAUUUUUGCUGUCUUCAAAAGUAAUCUUGACUUAUCUCUCAUUUUCAGUUUAAGUAACUGCUGUUACUUAAGUGAUUAUACUUUUGCUCAAAUUGAAGCUUAAUGGAAUUAUAAUUCUCAGGAUAGUAUUUUGUAAAUAAAGAUGAUUUAAAUAUGAAUCUUAUGAGUAAAUUAUUUUCAUUUUAUUUUAUUCUAGAUAGUAUAAUUAAUUUGAUUAACUAAUUUACUAUUACAUAAAUAAUGGGAGUUUUAUAUAUGUAAUCUUGUAGGUGGGGAUAUUAUAAAUUCCAAAAGCUGUGUCUUUAUGCCAAGAACUGUAUUUACUAUGGUUGUAGACAAAUGUGAAAGUACCUUUAUGCUUAAUUGAAUAAAUUUUAGUUGAUUUAAAGACUUGUUUGGCAUUGAUAAUAAAAUCAGCUAGUUUUUC